AUGAAGCGUCAGCGAACUAUAGAGUCAUUUUCAAACUUUUUCCUAAACAAAACUCCACGGCAAGGAUCAGGUAGGAAUAAGAGUAUUGACAGAGGUAGGAAUAAGAAUAUUGCUGUGUAAACAUUAUAGUUUACUAAGAUUUAGUAAACUAUAAUAAUAGACAAUAGCUAAAUAAUAAUAUAUUUGUAAAUUUAUAAGCCGCGACAUUUUAGGUGUGUGUACAUUGCAAAUUUUAAUUGUUGGGUUCAAUACUAUACGAACUGUAUCCACACUCCACGGCACACGCACAACAUUAUCAAUUCAGUUAAUAUUUAAAUUGAUUCUGUUGUCUUUGUUUCCCAUUGUCGCACUUCAGGCUUGUAGACCAUUAAACUGGGGUUAUACAAAGAAUAAUCGGUGCCAUAUUAAUGUCUGUUGUAUUUAUAUACAACUGUACUUGUACUUUGUAGUUGUCAAAUAGUACCUUCUCACUUCCUUGAAAAGCAAAUACUUUCAAGAAAUACGAGAAUUGAAGCCUGAAGGAACACUUAUUUAGUGUACUUAUUGUUGUCAUGAUUGCUCCUAGCGUAGUAUAUGCACUGCAUAUGCAACACUACAAUUAUUUAUUACAAUUUAUACAAUAACUGAUCCUAUUUCUUUGUUGAGCCGUUCAGUAUAAAAAAAAACUGAGCAGACGUCUCUGUGUGGAACACACGUUUUUAACUAUAUUUGUAUUUUUUGUGUUAUAAAAAUUUGCGUGUAUUAUAAACAAUUGAUCAGUUUGCCAAUAUUUAAAAUAAACAAAUUUAAUGGCUAAUUAUAGAAAACGAAACCACAUCGUCAGCAGCCGUGCUUCCGCUUUAAUGGAAUUUCCUUCUCGAAGGAAAUUUUGAAAAAAUAAAUAAGAGAAAAUAUCUAUCUUUUAGAUGACAACAAUGACAUCCUCGAUAAUCAGGAAGCUUCAACUGAAGAAAUACCUUCAGAAACACCAGCUAGUUUAACUUUAAUAGAAACUGAAACGCCAGCUUUAAUUGGCGAACCAUCCUCAGACACACCAGUUUCAAGUUACAAACCACCUGCAGAAAUGGCACAAGCUUUCGAAGGCAAACUUUCCUCACACUCUCAGUCACGACCAUCACCAUUUGAAUUUUCUGAAACACAGCAUGUGUGCAUGAUAAAAGAAAUAUUUGAUACUGACAGUGUAAGUGAAUGUGAUCAUGUAUUACACAAUCACACGCUGUGGCUGUAAGUCACUAACUGCCAGUGAACUAGCUCGGCAGGAAUCUUCUAAGCCUCAUGUUUUCAAACAUGAAUGGAUUCAUGACGAAAUUGGAUUUUGUAGUAAGACACAUAUAUGGUGGUUGACACUUCACGAGGGGAAGGGGAUGUUCUGUUGCCUUUGUAAGAAACACCUCAAAGCCAACAAGUGCACAAAGUAUGCUACAAUACCUGGUACACGAUACAGAAAGGUAGCAAUAAUAGAAAACGGCUCUUCAGAAGAACACGCACAAUCAAUACGGCAAGAACUACUUCAGCGGGCAUCGUGGUUCCAAAAAGAGCUGAAUAAAAAAGCAGAAGUUGCUGAUGAAGUACUGGUAAAAGCUUUUGCUGCAUUUUAUUUCACUGCCAAAGAAGAAAUGGCCAAUUCGAAAGUUAUGCCACUCAUUAACUUUCUAAGACAUUAUGGUAGCCCUGAUAUGAAAUACUUUGAUCACAAAUCAGAAAGGUGCAAGCAAGAAAUUUACCUAGCUAUUGGUGAAACCCUUAAAGCUCAAGUAGUCAAAGAAGUAGCGGGUGCACGUUUCUUUUCUUUGCUUUCUAAGUGAUGUUGCUGUAACAGAGCAAUUAGUCACUUUUGUCCAGUAUGUCAGCAGUGAUGUUCAGGUGGACACCAAAUUUUUGUCCAUGCGAAACCUCCUAGAGCACCACAAUAGUGCCGAUGCAGAUGCGAUUGUGGAUAUGCUUGCUCAAGAGAUAGAGGAAGAUAAGCUUCAGUGGGCUUCAUUGGCAGGAUUAGCGUCCGAUGGCACAUCUGUAUUCACAGACAAAAGGGGCGGAGUUGGCGUGAAACUUAAGAAAAAGCAGGAGGAGCAUAUGGGGGGUCGGUCACCCAUAAUGCAACAGCUAUGGUGUGUAUGCCAUCGUUUGGCAUUGGCAUGCGCUGGCGCCAACAACACAGUAAAAUACGUCACUCUUGUUGAAACUAAUUUGCGCCAGUUAUGGUCUUUGUUUGAAAAUUGAAACAAGAAGACAGCAAUUUAUGUCAAGGUUCAAAUGAACAUGAAGAGCCUAAACUCAACCCCAAAAACCAGGAGCAAAGUCACGCGCAAGGUGAAAAAGGCAUGUCGAACAAGGUGGCUAUCAUUGGGGAAAGCGGUCAAUACUCGACGACGAGCAGCAUGAUGCGGCCGCAAAAGGAUUGUUUAUGCGCUUGAACACCUUCAAAUUCAUUGCGACAACUUACAUCUUGAACAGGCUGAUUCCGAUUUUGGACUUAGUCUCCAAGUCAUUCCAAAAAGGGUCAGUAACCUUUUCACACAUAGCACCAAAUCUUGCAUAUGCAAAGGCGAAGCUUAAAGAAGAAGCGCUUAGUCACAAAGCAAUCCGUGAUGCUGUCCAAGAUCUGAAACCCAAUGGUCGUCUGUCUGUCCAAGGUGUCGAAGUACAAGUUACAGAGUGUGGUCUUGUUGAGGUGGAUAACCUGCUUCAUCGAUAUGUCGCUGCUCUUACCCAACAUCUUGAUGAACGCUUUCAAGAAAGUCUCCCAUUGUUUUCUCUGUUCUCGAUCUUUGAUCCUUCUUUGUUGCCUGCUGUAGACUCAACAGAGUUUUCGGAAUAUGGGAAAGGCGAAAUCAGCAAUAUUGGAAAGAUAUAUGUUCCAAAUAGAAUACCCGAAGUGGUUGCAGAGUUCGAGUUGUUCAAGUUCCACAUGGCUAAGUUCAAGAUUCCUGAACCAAGUAAGCUGGUGGGUGAAACACAAACCGAAGUUGUGUUGAAGAAACUUGUACAUAUGAAGCUCCUUUUCCCACUUCUUAGUUUAUUUGCAGAAGCAAUCCUGAGCUUGCCAAUAUCAAACGCCUGGCCGGAGCGUGGCGGUAGCGCGAUAAAGAGAAUUAAAACAAGACUCAGGUCUCGCCUCUCAAAUAAAAUGCUAGAAAGUCUACUUCACAUAUCCAUAAAUGGCCCUGAAAUUUGCACAGAAGAGUGCGAUCAGCUCAUUUGGGAGGCUGUUCAGCUAUGGCUCGACAAGAAAAAAAACGGAUAG